CAAAAUCAAAUUUAUAGAGAGAAAUCUUGGUUAAGAAUCUGGGAGAUAAGGGGAUAAAUUAUGAUUUGAAAGAAUUAUAACAAUGAAAUUCAGGGAAUAGGUGUUAUUUUAUAUUUCAGAGGUUAAUCAACAGGAUGUAGUUUUUUUGUUUUUGUUAGGCUGAUUCACACUCCUUCCCAUUUGGUGGCGGUAAUGCUACUAAACGUUCGUUCUAAACCACCCAAACCCAUAAAGAAGAAGAAUAAGAAGAAGAAGCUCAAGCUAGUGAUCUUUGGAAGUGAGAUACUGAAGAAUUGCUUUCAGGUUAUUGAACAGCAGCUGAAGGUUUCGAAAUAAUGUCAUUUAAAAGAGAAGGGGACGAUUCCAGUCAAUUAAACAUUCUUAAGAAACGACGUGUUGCAGAUCUCUUGUCAAACUUCAUUCCUGAAGACGAAGCUGCCUUAAUGAAAAACGGAAGGUACACCUGUUUAGUGUGCUCCUACCGUCCUGUGUUUGAUACUGUUGACAUGCUGACUGUUCACAGAAAAGGAAGGCGCCAUCUAGAAGGGCUGAAAUGGUUUUAUGGAAAGAAGACAACGUUACAGAAUGAAUUAGAGAAACGUAGGCAUCAUAAUUAUGUUCAGGCGGAAGAAGGCAAGCAGGAAGAAGCAAAAGCUGCUCCUUUACUUGCACAGACCCGUAGUAUUACCCACCAUGCCCUGCUGAAGUCCAUACCCUAUAGCAGCUGCCACAAAAAAAUAAGUUUUUCUUUGAUUCCCAUUAGCUUGAAGUCUGAAAAAGGCUCAGCUAGCUCUGGUCUGGAUUGCCAAACUUUCACCCCCCCCACCAACAAAUCUUCAGCACUAAACCCGGCACCAUCUGCUGAGAUGGUGGGAGGCGUAAGGAAGGUAACCAGAUCUCUCCCAGAUUACUGCUGCAGCACAAAAGACCAUCAGACACAGCCACAAGCUCAGAAAAAACAGGAAGCAGUCAGGAAGAAGUCUAGGCCCACAAUUCCCUUGGACCCUGAACCCAUAUCAGCACAGAGGCGCAGAGAGCUGGAUCACUAUCUCAAACUGAAAAGUUCCGGAUGGCUGCAGGACAAAAACGGCAGUUGGGUAAAGGAUGAAAAUGUGGAAUUUGACUCAGAUGAGGACCAGCCCUCUCCCCUCCCCCCUCUUCCCCACAGCACUGAGUUGACAGACAUCCCAGAGCAGGAGCAGCUCUGACCCCCUGACCCCUUAUCCCAAAUGCACAUAGUCUGCAUUUCCCCAACCUGGCAACCAACCAGAGGACAAGUGCAGGCACUGAAGAGAACCCAUGGUCAGUUCUGUGAUCGGAGUUGUCACCUGGAGGGAGGACAAAAAGGAUGCUAUUUUCAGCACCCUUUGUGUUGUUCUUUCUCUCCAAGUUGAUUUGCUUUUAAGACCUUCCAUUAGAAAUAAGUCCAGGCCAGCUUACUCUAAAUCAACAUCAGCUAUUCUAAUAUUAGUGCUAAUCUGAACGAGAGCUGCCACUGGUUAGAGUUCUUCAUAGGUUUCAUGGUAUGGUCAUUCAUACUCCUCUGUGACCCACAACUGUCCACUUCGAACAAAUCUAAUUUCCCCAUGGUUUAAAGAGAGCGAGAAGGCUUCAUUUAGAGUGGCUAGCUGGCUCCUAAAGAUCUAUGUCUAUGUUUAACUCAGAUUGCAGCAUGUUAGCAUAGGGGGAUUUUACAUGUGUGUUGAGGAUGGUGCCAGUGUUUAGUUUUCCAAGUUUAUUUUGUAUUUUAAAGUGCCCAUAGAAAGAAAUUCCAAAAAGGUUAAUUUAUUAGUAUGAGGAUAUGUUUAACAUUUAUUUGUUGAAUUAUAUUUGAAGGCUGGAUGAUAGACUUGGUUUAUUGUAUAUGCAUAAUAGUCAUGCUCUAAAUGACUGACAGCUUCCAAAUUGAAUUUUUGUGAAAAAAUAUUUUUUACUGAGCCAAUGCAGCUACGUGGACCAUAUCUGCAGAUGUUCUCUUAAGGGAACAGGGUAUAACGAUAUAUAGAAAUGUUGACAAUUAUUCCAAACUCUGUAACUACCAAUCAUAUGUGCCAUCUGUAAUAUCCCAGAAUUGACAUCAUUUGUUUAUCAUUUCUGAGUGAAGAUAUUAUCUUUUGCUAUAUGGCCUGAGCUACUGAUCAAAAAUGUUUACACAGUUUCCCUGUCUCAGCAGUUGUAGUCUUACCAUUGUCUGGCUACCUAGACAUAUUUACAUAUUGUAUUUAUUGUAUUACAACAUGUACUAAGAACACCUGUAUCAUCUGU